AUCUCACUCCUUUUUCAGUCAGCUACCAAAAUGCCGACCAAGAAAUCCAAGACCAGAAAGCUGAGGGGGCACGUGAGCCAUGGGCACGGCCGUGUCGGCAAACACAGGAAGCACCCAGGAGGACGAGGUAAUGCCGGUGGCAUGCAUCACCACAGGAUCAACUUCGACAAAUACCAUCCUGGUUACUUUGGUAAAGUCGGCAUGAGACGUUACCACCUGAAGAAAAAUACAGUCUACUGCCCAACCAUCAACCUGGACAAACUGUGGACGCUGGUCAGCGAGCAGACUAGGGUCAACUAUGCCAAGAAACUAGAUGGACCAGCCCCCAUCAUUGACGUUCUGCGUGCCGGCUACUUCAAGGUACUGGGCAAAGGCAAACUCCCCAAGCAGCCGUUCAUCGUGAAGGCCAAGUUCUUCAGCAGGAAGGCCGAAGAGAAGAUCAAGGAUGUCGGAGGAGCUUGUGUGCUCAUGGCGUGAGCUCUGGCUAUAAUUUUUUUAGAAUAAAUCAUUCAAAAGUAA